AUGGCAACGAAUUCCCAGGACGACAGGGAAGUAGAAGCAACAAGAUCAAACCUCAUAGCAGCUCCGGGAGCACAUCCGUCCGAUGAUAGUAGCUCCUCAGCAACCGCCGCUACAAGACAAGGUCGAAAACGAGCAUACUCCAUCGACGUGGACGAGGCGAAUCAGCCCCGAAUCCAAGAUCUUCGACUUUAUACUCCUAAUACAGCAACAUCCAAUACAACCGAAGGGCUUAGGGAUCUAAUAUGUCUCUGUACGAAAGCACCCAAGGUUCCUAGGCCGCGUAACGCAUUCAUCCUUUAUCGACAGCACUACCAAGGCCAGGUCGCCGCCCGGAAUCCGGGACUAGCCAACCCGGAGAUAUCAAAGCUCAUUGGCGAACAGUGGCGUGAGCAACCCGAGGAGAUAAAGAAUAAUUGGAAACGGCUUGCAGAAGAGGAAAAAAUUCGACAUCAGCGUCAAUACCCUGAUUACAGAUACCAACCUAGGCGAGGAGGCAAAGCUUCCGGCAGCAGGCCCAUACCGGCGACUGGUGAAGACCCUGGCCACUGUCCUAAGUGCGGUGGACGUUAUAUCGCGACCCCAAGGACACCGUCUACCCCUUUCAGUGCCGCAACGCCGGAGGGUGCCGGGCCGGGCCCUAACAUGCCGUCCUACGCGAUACCAAACCCAAGAGUAAUAGAGACAGACCACUUACGGCGUGGAUCGGGUUCGAGCAUCAUGUCUCUUGACAGCCAAGAACGUCGAUAUAUGCCACCGCACAUGCAAAAUAUCGAUGAGGAUUACCCGAUGAUGUCGCCAAUAGGAACGCCGGUGGAUACAAAACGACGUCGUUUCAACGGACCGAACGUAUUCACCCCGGGAUCGCCGCCGCCGAUGGGCUAUAUGUCUGCUGAUCCACGAUUCCACCGUCAACCACUCGCCGGCCCACCAUUGUCGGCAACUGGAUAUGGUCCUGGGCCACUACCUAGACUAGGAGGUAGGCAAUGGCAAAUGGUUAGCCAACCUAAUUACCCUCACAUGCAACCACCACCGCCACCGCGUACACCAAUGACGUAUCAAGCUGCUCCGACACCAACUCGUCAUACCUCCGCAUUUGAUGAGUCCCUCCGAUUGCCACCGCUACAAACACAGGUCCCAGGCUCGCCCGCCGUAAGCUCGGGGCCAGGACCGGCACGUAUGCCCCCUAGCGUUCAAUCUGGUCAUGGUCAUGGCAUUCCAAAUGGUGCCAGUACCCCCCAAAAGCAAUCACAACCACAACAUGCCCUACCGAGAUGGCCAUUCCUACUGAAGCUGGAGGUGCUACGCUCGAUUAGCUCGCCCCUGAAGCCCCCUGGCCCGGGAGGACCGUUGUUCGAGACGCGAGGCCCUCUUAUUGCCAUCGAAGGUGCGGCCCCGGCCAUACUAAAAGAGGUGGCGGCUGUAGUAGAGAAAGCGUUGUCUGUUUCGGGAGAAUAUGCCGUAAAGACUUGGACGGAAGAUACCCAGACACAACUAAGGCCGGUAGAGACGGAUGGAAGGAAUAAUAGUAAUACGAGUGAGAACGAACAAGUCAUAAGAGAGAAUAGCCCACCAAGAGGGUCAGGGUUUUUGAGUCCUCUAGCAACUUAUGUUGCGAAGAUGCUAAAGUGGCACAAGAUAUCCGAAGAUCUUAUAAAGUACAUCACCAGCUAUCCGCCGUUAGCAAGCACGGCGUAUGGCGAGACGGGUGAGAAUUCCAUGGACGUCGAAGUAUCGCCCAAGACCAAGCCUCGACUCCCGGUUGCCGUCGUAUCCGACGGGUACAGCCUGACGGUCUCAGAUAGAUACGCCAGCUCGCUACACGUAAACGACGCCUACCGCGCGGACGACCAUUGGCAGUGGCUAGCGACGCUCUGGCGAGGAAUCGUAGGCCCCGACCUAACGAUAUACGUCAAGCGAACCGCGGAGGUAGAAGCCCAAGGCAACAACAGUCUCGUGGAGUUCGCCAACCCGGCCGUCAUGGUGCUGCACGUGGCGGAGGGGGGCAAAGGGGUAGUAGACGAGAAGCUAGAACGGCGACUCGGGUUCGAGAUCAUGGAGUGGGUGCGCAGUGGGAGUUUCAAAGCGGGGUUUGUGAUGCCGCCGCGAUCAUGA